AGCACCCAAUCGUCAGGGCACCGCUUUCUGAACAAGCUUGACGCUCCCAAGCUGCGUUGCCGCAGACUGGGAUCCCGAAAGAACAACUCUGUAGAAGCUCUUCAGCAUGACUACCAUGAAAGCCGUAGAAAUCAAAGGUGGUAAGGGACCUAUUGAGAACCUCUUCAUCAAUGAGAUACCGCGACCUAAAAUCGAUCAUGCCAAGGCCCUGAUCAAGGUUAAGGCCUUCGGUCUGAACCGAAUGGACCUUCUGCAGCGGGAAGGAAUGUAUCCUGUGCCGCCGCAGGCACCGAGUACGCUAGGUGUUGAAUUCUCGGGGACAAUCGAAGAACUAGCCGGCGAGAGUGAAAAAGGUUUCAAGAGAGGCGACGAAGUGUUCGGCCUUGCAUAUGGCGGCGCAUAUGCGGAAUAUAUCGCCGUCAGCACGCAUAUGCUGCUCCACAAGCCGGACGAACUAAGCUGGGAGCAAUGUGCUGGCAUACCUGAGACUUGGAUCACCGCGCUACAAGCAAUGUAUCUCAUCGGCGAAUUUGCGCCUGGCAAGUCUAUCCUGUGGCAUGCUGGUGCAAGUGCGGUCUCCAUCGCAGGCCAACAACUAAGCAAGGCGAAUGGCGCAUCUGCGGUUUUCGCGACUGCUCGAUCUGAUGACAAAUGCGAUUUCUGCGUCAAGGAAUUAGGUGCAAAGGCAGCGUACAACACCGAGACGGCCGAUUGGUCUGCGGAAGUCCUCAAGGCUACCGAAGGCAAAGGCGUUGAUAUCAUUGUCGACUACAUCGGACCAGCAACGUUCGCGGGCAACCUUAACGCAGCCGCGAGAGACGGUCGGAUCGUCAAUCUAGCGUCGUUGAGCGGCGCAAAAUUGAAGCCUGAGAUGGCUCAGCCUGAUUUCUCCAACUUCGUUCGUAAGCGCAUCCGGAUAGAAGGCAGCAGCCUGCGGAGCAGAGACGAGCUUUACCAGGGUAAGCUUCGCGAUCAGUUGCAUGACCACGCCCUUCCGAAGUUCAAGGACGGCUCCUUCAAGGUGCACAUAGAGAAGGUUUUCCCAUGGGAGCAGAUACAAGAAGCUCAUCGCCUAAUGGAGUCGAACAAGACCAAGGGAAAGAUCAUUUGCACAAUUGCUUAAUAUAGUCGUUGUAAUUGUCCAUCGACGCAUAACAAGCUCUGUGUUUUGCUGGCGGUAUUGUGCAAAACUAGCCACGUGUUUAUGGUCUUUGACGAUCUUGGUUCUGUGGAGCAUGGAUGUAUUGGGAGCCGAU